AUGGCUGAAAACAUGGAUGUUUUUCCUACUGAAAGCACUGAGGAUUGUCCCAUUGUUGGAGAGGACGAAGUAGAUGUGCAAACUCAACAUGCAGUUGAGGCAUGGAAGCACGUUGAAUUCCUGUGUAGGAAUUAUAUUCCAAAUGGCUUGUCUGACUUGAUGUAUAAUGUGUACAGUGUGAAGAAAACAACUAAAGAAUUGUGGGACUCCUUGGACCACAAGUACAAAGCUAAAGAUGAUGCAGCCAAGAAAUUCUUGGUUGGCCAAUUCUUUAACUUCAAGAUGGGGGAUUCCAAAGAUGUGAUAAGCCAAGUGCAAGAUCUUCAUUUGAUUAUCCAUGGAAUACAUGCUAAAGGGAUGGUAUUGAGUGCGUCUUUCCAAGUAGCUGCCAUUAUAGAGAAGCUACCCCCUACAUGGCUAGACUUCAAAAAUUAUCUGAAGCACAAGCGGAAGGAAAUGAGUGUUGAAGAUAUCAUUCACAGAGUUUGCAUUGAAGAGGAUAACAAUGGUGCUGAGAAGCGAACCUCAAAUCCCAAUGCUGCCAAGGCUAAUAUGGUGGAGCAUGACAAAGGCUCCAAGGGGAAGAAGCUUAUUCCCAAGCUAGGGUCCAAACUAGGACCAAAAGGUGGAGUUUCAAAGAAGUCGAAAUUCCAAGGGAAGUGCUUUAACUGCAACAAGACGGGACAUAAAUCGUCAGAGGAAAAUGUUAUUGAAGCCAUGUCCCAAAAGGUCGCUGACCUAGACCUAUGUGCUGUGGUCUCUGAAAUAAACCUGGUGGAUGCUAAUCUAAAGGAAUGGUGGCUCGAUACUGGAGCUACUUGUCAUUUCUGUGCGAAUAAGUCUGCCUUCUCUCCAUUUUCCACCCAAGUAAAGUCAGAGAAGUAA